AUGCCACGCACUCCCUGGAUUGGCGGCAACUGGAAGUCCAAUGGCACUGUUGCUUCCAUUACGGAGCUUUCCAAGGAGCUCAACCAUGCUGAAUUUGACCCCAGCCAGACGGAGGUGGUCGUGUUUCCCACGGCGCUGCACAUCGGACUUGCCAAGGAGAAACUGAAGAAUGGCUUUCAAAUAGGAUGUCAGAACAUUUCAAAGACGGGCCCUGGCGCCUUCACUGGCGAGAUCACGGCCGGGAUGGUGAAGGACUUCGGGCUGAAGUGGGUGAUGGUGGGCCACAGCGAGCGGCGGCAGUACUACAGCGAGACGGACUCUGUGGUGGCUGAGAAGGUGGCGAUGGCGAUGAAGGAAGAAGGCAUUCACGUCACUAUCUGCAUCGGGGAGAAGCUGGAGGAGCGGGAGGCGAACAAGACCAUGGAGGUCUGCAGGCAGCAGCUCGAAGCUGUUCUUCCGAAAGUCUCCGACUGGCGCAGAGUCGUGAUUGCCUACGAGCCGGUCUGGGCCAUCGGCACGGGCAAAGUCGCCACCCCCGAGCAGGCCCAGGAGGUCCACGCCGCGCUGCGCAAGUUCGUGGCGGAGAAGGCCGGGGAAGCCGUCGCGGAAGAACUUCGAAUUGUUUAUGGCGGAUCUGUUUCGGAGCAGAACUGCGAGGCGCUGCUGCGGUGUACAGACGUCGACGGCUUUCUCGUCGGCGGCGCCUCUCUCAAGAAGGCCUUCGUCGACAUCAUAGGCGCCCCCGCGAGGGUUUAG